AAGGAGAACAACGCCAAUCUUCGGAAAGUUGCCAGCAGACAGUUCGGUGAAUUACUGAUUUUAUUAAAAGGGAAAACACUUAGCAACAGCCAUCUGCUUCUUACUCACAUUUCUCGCCGAACGUUUCCGUAUUUCGACUUCAAAAUGUUUUCAAAUUUACCAACGGAGAUCAUUAUUAAAGUGUUGGACUACCUUUUACUUAAAGACCAAAUACAAUUGGCCCAAGUCAACCAGCAUCUUCAGGACGCAUUUGUCUACCGCAGUGAACGGGAUUUUAAGCAACUCAUUGGAUGUUGUCAUGAAGAAGAAACAUUGUCAGGUUUUCUGCCCCUAUGCGGCUAUAUUGUUGUCGAUCUCAUCUUAGACAUCGAAAGUAACCUAAUUCUUAAAAAGGUAGAAAAGUAUUGCACUAACCUGGAAAAAGUUACGUUUUGGAUUCUAAAAGUCACAUGUGUCACCGUGCUCAAAUCCAUUUUAAGCAAGGAGAGCCUAAGAACCAUUGCAUUGCAUAAUCAGACAAGGGGAGGACUAGACAAUAUGCUCACGUACAUCAAUAAAGACUGCAAAGUGUUGAGUUUAGAAAACGUUUCAAAUGACGACAUGCAACAUUUGCCGCAACUGAUUGGCUUGGAACAACUGGAAGUUCUUUUUCGGAAUGACAUGUUUUUAUGUGCCUAA